AUGAAAACCAUCGGAAUCGGGUUGUUCGGAAGUGACGAACAUGCUAUGCUUAUACCAAAGCCCGAAGACUCCAUUGGCAACUACGAGGCACUCUGCCGUGUGGCUCACCUCGUACAUCUUAAACCCGAGAAUGAAUUCCGGGUCCAGUUUCACAAUGAUGCUCACGCAUGCUCAAUCAUUCACCGCAAUGUUUGGAAUGCUCGGCUUUACUUCACCGAAUCAAAUUCAGGCGUCGUAACGGUUUACGCUGAGUUUCUGCCUAUAACACCCGAUGACACUGUCGGAGGAAACAGCACUGGGAGUACCUUUGUCGCUCACAACGAUGCUGCCGUCAACAACAACAAUACUACUGCGCAGAGUGUCGCUGACACCCAUACCGUAUCUGCUGCUCACAACCACGCUGUCACUGACAACAAUAACACUAUUGCUCACGGUGACACUAUCGCCCAUAGUGACACUAUAGUCAAAAACAAUGCUAUGACUCACGACAAAGUUGUCGCUGGCAACAACAUUGCCGCUAGCAGCAAUACUAGUACUGCUAGUUACGGAUCUAGAGGCAAUCAUAGACUAUCCAGUCUUGCCUCAAGGCUUUCAAAUUCCUCUACUCCUGCUAAUACCACGGAAUAUCCCUGUCCCACUGCCAGUACCAACACGACUGUUGGCCCUACUGUUGCUGUCAAUGGCACACUGCACGGCACGAAAACGCGCGCCAGGGAAGGCGACAGUAUGUUGUGGCCCAUUGGGCCACCAAGAUUGCCUGCCAUGAAGCGGGCAAGGUUGCCUGAAUUACCUCCUCCCCGUCGUCCAUCUCAGGACAUUUUGGACAUCAUCACUGGAUACGGCACCGACCGCGAUUCGAAGAUUGCAACGCGACUAGUAGUUGGCAGGCUGAAGGGCAGCAAAUGUGCUGUUUAUGCCACGCCAGUUAUAGGCCAGAAGAAGUUUCGGUAUUACUUUACUAACUACGACUUAGAGGGCAAAGUAACACCAAAGCCACACACCUACUGUAACACAGGCUUCGAUAAUGUUGUGUUCUUUCCAGAAAUAGCCCAGCACGGUGAAAAAGAAGCUAUUUAUGCUGAAAUGGCCCGUCAAAUCGAAGAGUUAGAAUCCAAAAGAUUCGGGAAUUUUAUUUCUGAGUCUAGAACGCCGGAUACACAUGAACAGAGAGCAGCGGCAGAUAUUUCGCCGUACGAUAUCCGGCGAUUUCAAUCACUACCAGGUACUUCCAACAAGUUUUUGGUUGGUGAGCUGAAGACGCCCCUUCCUCAUUUGCGUGGUAGAAAGAACGCCGCUAAGAUUAACGUGUUUCGACAACGUCCCGGCAUCGCAUAUACCGUACGCCAUCAACUACUAUGGGAAGAUAUCCAUAAAGAGGCUCUCACCAAUACCGAUUCAUCGCAAUAUGACUUCAACUUAAGAAAAGUUGAGCCUGAGGACGUUUCUUACCUUCCAGCAUACAAGGAGUUUGAAGGCAACUGGAGUAAGCUGCAGGAGGCUUUCCGGCUGCAUAUGGACUCCCUCGAGGACACUGAAGAUGUUGAUUCUUUUCUGGAACCUACUUCUCAACAUCCAAACAAUGAGAAUCAACCGGUUCCCAAUGACUUUGAAGAUUCUGGUCUUAUCUCGGAACCCUCUUCCCGAUCUGCAGGCACCGAGGGCGGAAUGCCGGGUGCUGAGAAUGCUGGUCUUUCACUGGAGCCGCCUGCUCUUCUAGACUCACCCCAACAUUGUGAGUGUGAGAUCGCAGGAGGCCACUGCUAUGCCGAUGAAGAUCUAAAAUGGGGAAGCAUUCUUGACAUAUACUCAUCUGUCUAUAUCCGAGUGGAGCUUGGAGAUGAGAUAUUGAGGCGUAAAGGGAUGGAACGGGCGACCGACACCGUCGUUGUUGAUGAAAUACGCAACUGUAUCGCCGGCAAGCUCCCCAUAGGCACAAGGUUCAAGUAUAGAAUGUUCCUGUAUUUCCAAGGAUCAUACCAUAUGAAGGAUUGUACGUCCAACAGCAAUUACUUCUACAAGUAUCUCUUGUCCCUUAACACUUCAGCUCUGGGAAGAUGGUUGAGGGCAAAAGUGGUGGUGAGCGCCGAGGACGAGAAUUCCGAGGACAACAGACGUGGUAACUUGUCGCAGUCUAAGGCAUCGACGCAGUCUAAGGCAUCGACGCAGUCUAGGGCAUCGACGCAGUCUAGGGCAUCGACGCAUUCUUCUUUUGGAGCCUCGCCUUCUCCUUCUACUUAUGCUCCCUCGCCAACUUAUGAUCUCUUCGGCGACCUUGGAGAUGGUUGA